AAUAAAAACUACAGUGUUUGUGCAAUCAUGCAAAUCGGGGCGCGGUCGUUCGUUAUUGUUUCUGUUUGUCCGUGAGUUGGGGGAGUGUGGGGGCCAAUGCGAAGGCGCGGUGGAUGCCCGCGCGCACCAUGCGGCCCGUAGCGGUGCUGCUCGCCGCCGCGUGCGCCGCCGUCUCCGCACAAAUCGCUUGGACACCCAUCUUUUUAGAUGGCAGCAGUCAAGUAGACCUUUGGACACAGUCAUCAUCAGGCUGCACGUGCCCCGGCGGGAGUGAAGACUGCGCGUGCUGCGUGCGGGACGGAGCAUGCCCUUGCGGUGAUGUCGCACCUACGAGAUGCGCUCAGUGUGGCUUGGAACAGUACUGCUCUAACAUGUGCAACAUAACAAUAGACUCCCGGGUCCUCAAGAAUAAAUCGGGCAAAACAUUCGGCCAGAUUAAGUCUCCAUCGAUAGAGGGUCCGGGUGCUUGUUCUUACGUCCUUCAGCCUGACGCUGGGCAGCGGGUGGAGAUCCAGCUCUACCGGCUCGUCUCUGUCGGUAGAUUUAAUGGUUCAAGUUGUAUAGGCGGAUGGCUGCAGCUGGGCGAUGGAAGUGCAGUCCAAGACGCCACUGGUACUGCGCAGACCAGGUUGUGUGGAACCAACGAGAGGUAUACCCCACCUGUCGUGCUCUUCGCUGACCACGGAGCUUCGGUACUAGACUUUAGGAUAACAGAAAAAACAAUCAGGUCACAAUUUCUCGCAUUCUUCAGUUUCACUUCUCUGAGCAACACACAAGGAGUAGGGUUCCACCCGAGAGGCGGCUCUAGAAUUCCACAUACGGACUGUGAUUGGCUGUAUCAAGACGUGUCAUGCCGUGGCUCCGGUACAUGCGUUUUGGCAAGUCCGGGCUAUCCGGGCUUAUACCCACCACAUCGUCGCUGCCGCUACCUCUUUGCGACUAACUCAGUUCAUACGCGAGUCAAGAUCAUCUUUACCUCCAUUAUGCUGCCAAGAAACCAUUGUGCCACGGACUAUUUAACGUUGCGGGCUGGCAGCUCGCCCUCAGCGCCGCUGCUGGCGUCGCUCUGCUCCGAGAGAAUCGCCACGUUGGAACAUCCCGGCCCCAACCUAUUGUUGGAAUUCAAUUCUGGACCGCUUAUUCCACCCUAUGACUACAACGGAUUUAUUGCAAAGCUGGAAUUCUUGGAGAAAAUAGACACAAGUGGACCACCACCCACAGUAGCAGCUUCACCACCUCUUGCGGCGCUUACACAUUUAACGCAUGGGGAGAGGAAUAUUCUCGCAGAAAACGAUGCAGCAUCCAAUGAGAUAUCGACCAAUACAGGAGACCACAUUGGGUGUGGGGCCACAGUACGAGGCUAUGGCGCGGGCGGCAUCCGCUCGGGGCAUUUUGAUACAAGGACCACAGCGUGGCGAUCGCAAUGCGUUAUACAUUUAGUAGGAAUUCCAACGGAUGUGGUCCAAGUGUCACUGUUUAAUUAUAAUCUAAGGUUACAAAGUUGUAGAUCUCAUAUUGAGAUCUUAGAAGGACUUCAUGAAUUUGGUGCAAGAGGAGAGAGAGGAGAUAGAUUUGAAAGAGGAGACAGAGCUCUCCUACGUGUAUGCGGUCCAUCUGUAAGAGAAGCAAGGGAUCCUUCUGGAAGGUUUUUAUUUCGUCAAGCGGUUACGUCAAAAGGAUCAAACUUGACGAUAUUAGUGAGGAGAGCAACAUCACAAAGCGUUGAUGAAGAAGAGUUUGUGGACGGAGCUUUCGCUUUUCAUGAUGAACAGCACGAAGGCACAGCGUCACCUGAUGCUACAUGUGCGUCAACUCACUACGGCUUAGCAUCGCCUGCUCAUGGAGGAGUUUCCGCGCCUUCACACCACCACAUAUUUUGGAAUAUCGAAGAAAGACUUAUGUGCACGCAUCGAUUUAUACCUGCAUCUAAUCAAAGCGUUACUAUAGAGAUUCAGCGCCUGGAUCGCAUGUGGAGUGCAGAACAACCCGGCAGCGUGGCAACAGGCGCGGGCGGUUGUCGGACUGCUUGCGGCGACGCGGGCUGCGAGUGUCGCGCAGCCACUCCUCUGCAGUACCACGACCACGUGGCCCUUGUAGCAGGGGAUGGCACCCAUUUAUCCUGCCUCUGUGGGGAUUUUCAGGCUGCUUGGCUGCCUGUGGUAGUGCGGAGUUGGACUAGCCUGCGGUUGGAGUACUCUGUAGCGCACUACACGUACGCAAGUCGAGGAUUUGAUUAUGCAGCCGCAUACAGCUUUAACGACGACGCGAUGUGCGGUCAGCGUACUUACACGACGCACUCUGGAGAAAUAACAUCAAGAAAUGUGACCGUGACUGGCAGUUUGAAUGAAUUUUUCUAUCAACAAUGCACCUGGGUCCUGGAUUCGAAUGUUGAACGUCAGCUGUACAUAGAUAUAUCUUCUGAACAGGAUAAGUCGUGUAGCUCUUGGAAUAUUACGCUUCACGAAUGGUCUGGAAUGGGUGCACACAGCGAUGGUGGACUGGCUGCUUCCGCUGGAGAUCUGCUUUAUACCUUCUGUGCACGACAGAAGAACCAUACGUUCACUUUGCCGUGGAGGCUUAACACCGUAGUUAUAAGAUUAGUUGCACUAUCUCGUCAGCAGCCUCUUUACACCAUCCGCUGGAGGUCGCAAGUGGUGCGAGCCAACAAUCGUCUCGGCCCGCCCACGCCCGUGCCGGCCGCCUCCGCCAAGGCUUCCCGCCCAGAACACAUCAUCACUACUUAUCUAUUAUUCUCUUUACUUAGCGGAUUCCUGGCAUCAAAAUAUUUUGUUAUAAAAUGACCGUGAUUUGUAUUAAAUAAGAGGUUUUAAAAGUAACAUUUUCUUUAAAGAACCCAAAGAAACAGCCUUUGUAUUCGUUCGACAUUGUAGGCUUGUACAGUGACGGACGUAGGUACCCGCAACAAUUACUCGGCUAGCUUGGCCUCAUUCACCGCGUCCCACCUUGAGUUAAUGCCUUCUUUAUUAUUCUCUUUACUUUGUGGACUUGGGGUAGGUACAAGGUAUUUUAUGAAAGUGCUGACAAUGUUUUUGUUUCGUAAAAACUCAUUUUUAGCCCCCCGACGUCUGUCUGUCUGUCUGUGUCGGUUUGUGGCAUCGUAGCAGUUAGGGCCAUACCAGCCAUUAUACUUUUAGUACCAGCGAUCGGCGAUUUUGUGACUACAUCGAUACUGUUUUUUAUUCCAUUAUAAGUUAGCCCCUAAUUGCGAUCUUACCUAGUGGUACGUGACGAUGCAGUCUUAGAUGGAAGCGAACUAAUUUGAUAAGGGUUUAAGGAA